GAUAUGAUGGUGGCAACAUGAUGGAUAUGUGAGGACAUAAAUGCAAUUUUGACUUAUUGUAAAUUGUUUAUUUUUUCUUCAGAUUGUGAUUGUAAUCCUAAUUAAUAGGUUUUGGCAUAAAUUUCGGUGGUAGGUUUGUACAUUUUUUCAAGCGAAUCUGAAAUUUUGAGUGUUCUGUAGAUUAGAAAAGCAUGUCAAUGUCAAGUAAUGAGAAAGGUAUGUUUACUCAAUUCUAAUGGAUAAAUUUUUUAAGUAAGCACUCAUUUUUUCAUUAGUUCAUUUUAUUAUUCGUAGUAGCAUUAUUCCUUUUCUUUUUUUUGCUAUGAUAAUGUUUUUCAGUGACAAAUAUGAAUCAAGGACAUAAAUGGCCAUAACCAUCUCAUGAUUCCUUCAUGGUAUUCGUUUUAAGUUAUUACUAUGCUAUUAACCUUUGGUAAAAAGAUACUGGAAAUGUAUCUUUUUAGCGACUCAAUGAAGGUGGAAUAACUUAAAGCUUUUUUCAGAAUCAAGUAAUGACAAAGGUAUGUUUACUCAAUUUGGGUUUUUUUAGUAAACACUCAUUUUUUUCGUUAGUUCAUUUUGUUAUUCGUAGUAGUGAAAUUAAUACUCCAUGAAAAGCUUAAGAAUGUGGCUUUGUUGUUUAAUACUCCUUGAAAAGCUUUUCCAACCAACUUUUUAAACACUACUUUAAAGAAAACAUGGUCUGAAUUGUUUAGUACUUCAUGAGUAGAAAAAAGGUAAGGGUUGAAGUCAUUAUUUGGUUGGAGUUGCUAGAAAAGAUCAAUUUAAAUCCUUUUUUAAUACAUACUCAUUUGACAUUUGUAAUAUAUUUUUCCAAGGUAGAGAGGGAUGACAUUGAGUGACACGGUCCCUGUAGUAUGAGAUUAUUACAACCUUUAAAAGUGUUAUUUAUUUUUAAGAUGCUUUGAGAAUUCAUGUGAUCUUCAAUCUCUCAACUCAAUUUAUUAAUAGUCUUCAUAUCUCUUCUUUAUCAAAAUAGUAGUCUCUUCUUUGGAAAUUUUUUUACCGAUUGAUAAAAGAUAGGGAUUUCUUAAAACUACAGUUAUGCAAAUGAAUUGUUAAUUUGUUUGUGUAAAUUAUUUUUGAGAGAAAACAAUCUAGGGAUGUUCUUGGUUGUGUGAAAACAUGAUCCCUUUCAUUUUUUAUUAAAUUGUUUGAGAAAUAGAUUUUGCAUGGUUGGGCAAAUUUACUUUACUCAAAAUAACUCUCUUGCUCUUUGUUUGUUGUAGUGAAUGGAAGAGACCUUACCCUGAUGCAUAUUUUGAAGAAAUUUUUAUACAUUGCAUCUAUAUUAUUGAUAUUUUGUAUCAAGAAUAUACUUUUGUGCAUCUCUAUAUCUAAUGAAUAAUUCCGUAUAAUAUUUCCUUCAUUUAUAUUUCUUUUGCAAUGCACAACAGUUAAUUAUUAUUUUUAUAUGAAUAAAUUUUUUAUACAUGGUAAUAAUUCUUUUACAUAAAUUUGUAACUUUAUUCUGGCGUUGGACGGGUACGAGUCUAGUUUUUUGAAGCAGGUACGAGUCUAGUUAAACAUAAAAAAAUAAAUUGAACUGAACUAGGGCUAACUGGUCAUCGGACAUUAUUCCACCCGUGGAGACUGGAGAGGUACGGAUUGGGCAGGCGGGUAUGGGCCGAGAUCAAAUAGCAAUAUCGUGUUCGCCCAAAUAGGUCAGUGCGGAGUACGGGUCGUGGUAGUCCCAAGCAAGUAAGCAACCUAACCCGCCUUUCCUUUUUCGCUCAUCCAUGGCUGGGCGCUACGGAUCGCUCUCCAGAUCUCUUCUCUCUACAGCAACCAGAACCUCCACUUUCCGCCGCUCGCAACCGGUCCUCUUCCAGCGCCUCCCGUCUCGCCGUUUCCUCUCCGGCAAUCUUCCCAGGAGUAAUCGGAUAUUAGGCUCUACACAAUCGCUGCUUCCUCUUCACGCGGCGGCUCGAUUGACUUCGCCCGCCUUAGUGGCGGCGCGCUGUAACUGCAAAUUGUCUCCGGCUGCCUUUUUCUGUCGCAAUUGCCCUGAUCGGUAGUUAUCAUCAAUCACCAUCAAAUGUGAGUCCUGUUUACUUUUACUGUGAUUUGUAAUCUGUUUCGUCAAUAUGUAGAAGCUAAACAUAAAUCUAAACCUAUAACUCUCCAGAAUUUAAUACUCUGUUUUUGUUGGUAGCAUGUCAAUUGAAAUUAAUUUAUAUGUUAAUGUUAGCUACCAAUUGAAAUUAAUUUUCACAUUUUAAAUAUAUUAUUCAAUGAUGGUAGCUUCUAGUGUUAGUGUUUUCUAAGAGGCUGUUUGUUUCAGCCUCUUAAUGGUUCAGAUGUCUGAAUGGUUCAGCACUUAAUGGUUCAGACUGUUUGUUUCAGCCUCUUAAUGGUUCAGAUGUCUGAAUGGUUAAGAGAUUUGCUUCUGAAUGGUUAAGUAUUAUACAGAGUCUGAAUGGUUAAGAGCUCUUAUCUGAAUUGAUCAGACAUUUGCCUCUGAAUAGUUAAGCAAUAUACUAGCUCUUAAUGG